AUGAUCGACCCGGACAAUCUUCAAGCUGGCCAGGUUCAGCGAAAAUUACAACUAAAAGAAUUUGUUUUAAUCAAAAACGAAAAGAAUAACUAUGAACUUUGGCAACACGACAUCUCAUUAAUCGGUCAGAUUAACACUGAAGGUACUGAAAUAACACUUAAUGGCUGGGCUGCUUGCAAUCACCGCUUUACAGCUUAUCGAACUCAUUCGAAAGCUACUGGACAAAAUCGUUCACAUUCAUUCAAUACUUUGGAAAAUGGUAGUUUACUUGAUCUUCUUCAAGUAGCUAUCGAAAUUGGAGCUAAGCAUGGACUAAUGAGUGUCAAAGGCGUCUUUUAUGAGCAUAAAGCUAUUCGUCAAGAAACAAUUACUGCAAUUUGCGAUCUGUGGAGUGAUGGUAUUAUUCAACGUUUCUAUCUCGAUUUCACUGUCUUUUGGAGUGGCGAUAACUAUCAACUUCAUCAUUGUUCGUUGUGCUGCAAGCAUUUUGAAAAUGAAUCAAAGGCAGCAAUUAAUAUUUGGAAUGAAAUUGAACAGAUAUUCCAAAGCUUUGAACUUUUAUUUGGUGACACUCCUAUCGUAACUGAUCAAGGUGCAAAUACCCAGGCCGAUCCAAUGAAAUCCUGGUGA